AUGGCUGCACUCCUGAACAGCAUACUCACAGUGAUCAAGGUGUUCCAGAAAUAUGCUAAAGAGGAUGGGGACUGUGCUCUGCUGAGCAAGAAGGAGUUGAAGCAGCUGCUCUUGGCUGAGUUUGGAAACAUCCUCCGGAGACCAACUGACCCAGAGACUGUGGAAACCAUCCUGAACCUCUUGGAUAGAGACAGAAAUGGACAUGUUGAUUUUAAUGAAUUUCUCUUGCUGGUGUUUCAGUUGGUCCAAGCUUGCUAUCAUAAGGAGGAAAAUAAGUCAUGUGGAGAUAGAACCUCCCAGCAAGAAGGAGAGCAGGAGGGAACACAAGACCAUAGCUUUCCAGGAAAUACAAGCAGACAACAUAGGCAGAGGCAUGAGAAAGAAAAGCAGGACUCCCACCAUGAUCAGUCUGAGAGACAGGGUCAGGAGUCUCACCAUGAUCAGUCUGAGAAAUGGGGUCAGGAGUCCCACCAUGGUCAGUCUGAGAGACAGGGUCAGGAGUCUCACCAUGAUCAGUCUGAGAAAUGGGGUCAGGAGUCUCACCAUGGUCAGACUGAGAGACGGGGUCAGGAGUCCCACCAUGGUCAGUCUGAGAGACGGGGUCAGGAGUCCCACCAUGGUCAUUCUGAGAGACGGGGUCAGGAUUCCCACCAUGGUCAGUCUGAGAGACGGGGUCAGGACUCCCACCAUGGUCAGUCUGAGAGAUGGGGUCAGGACUCCCAUCGUGGUCAGUCUGAGAAAUGGGGUCAGGAUUCCCACCCUGGUCAGAAUGAGAGACGGGGUCAGGAUUCCCACUCUGGUCAGACUGAGAGACGGGGUCAGGAGUCCCACCAUGGUCAGAAUGAGAGACAGGGUCAGGACUCCCACCAUGGUCAAUCUGAAAGGCAAGGUCAGGACUCCAGCUCUGAUCAAAAACUGAAUCAUAAAUCUAGCAAUGACCAGAAUAAAAGAGAAGGACAUUUAUUUGCUUUGAAUCAGUAUGAGACACAAGUUCAGGAUUCUCAUAAUGGCUGGUCUGAAAGGCUUAGACAACAACAAGGCCAGCCUAGAAGAUUUAGAGAGGAUUCGUGCUGUAGCCAAAGAAACCAAAAGGAAUCAGGCUCUUAUUAUGGGAAUUCUGCAAGCCUGGAUCAGGAAUCAGGCUAUCAUCAGAGAGACAGGCAAGACUUUGAUUCUCAACAUGGCCAGUCAGACAGACAAGGCCAGAGUUUCCACUAUGGACAGGCAGACAGACAAGGCCAGAGUUCCCACUAUGGACAGACAGGCAGACAAGGCCAGAGUUCCCACUAUGGUCAGGUAGACAGACAAGGUCCAAUCUCUCAAUAUGAUCAGACAGACAGACAAGACCAGAGUUCCCACUAUGGUCAGGCAAAUAGACAGGGCCAGAGUUAUCAUUAUGGACAGGCAGACAGAGAAGGCCCAGUCUCUCAAUAUGGCCAGACAGGCAGACAAGGCCAGAGUUCCCACUAUGGUCAGGUAGACAGACAAGGUCCAAUCUCUCAAUAUGACCAGGCAGACAGACAAGACCAGAGUUCCCACUAUGGUCAGGCAGACAGACAGGGCCAGAGUUAUCAUUAUGGACAGGCAGACAGACAAGGCCCAGUCUCUAAAUAUGGCCAGACAGACAGACAAGGCCAGAGUUCCCACUAUGGACAGGCAGGCCGACAAGGCCAGAGUUCCCAUUAUGAUCAGGAAGACAGACAAGGCCAGAGUUCCCACUAUGGACAGGCAGGCAGACAAGGCCAGAGUUCCCAUUAUGGUCAGGAAGACAGACAAAACCAGAGUUUCCACUAUGGUCAGGCAGACAGACAAGGCCAGAGUUCCCACUAUGGUCAGGAAGACAGACAAAGCCAGAGUUCCCACUAUGGUCAGGCAGACAGACAAGGGCAGAGUUCCCACUAUGGUCAGGAAGACAGACAAAUCCAGAGUUCCCACUAUGGUAAGGCAGACAGACAAGGCCAGAGUUCCCACUACGGACAGGCAGGCAGACAAGGCCAGAUUUCUCACUAUGGUCAGGCAGAAAGGCAAGGCCUGAGCUCUCAAUGCAGUCAGUCAGAACCUGGGGAAACUGGGCAAAAUAGGUGCUUCCAGGGGAAUGAGCGAACAAGCAGAGGCUCACAUGUUGAGCAAUCAGGAAGGUCAGGAAAACCCAGUCAACAGACUCAUGGACAAAAAGUGAACCAAAAUCAGGGACAGAGAUUUCAGUCUAGGGUAGAGCAACAGAACAGUCACCAGGCAUGGGAGCCUGAGGAGGAUAGCCAACACCACCAACACAAACUCAUGGCACCAAUUCAGCAAGAAAGGCCACACCCUCACAAAGGGAGUGAGAGGCAAUCACGCAGUAGUGAGCAGGGUCACAGAGAGGCCCAGACCAAGGAGAGUCGUGGUGAGGGGCAGAGCCACCAGGCAGAGAAAGAGAAGGAUCACCAAAUUGGGGGUAGACGUGGUCAUGAGGGUGAGAAACGGGACAGGAAAACCCAUGAAGAGGAACAAAACCAUCAGACACGGGGCAGGAAAACCCAUGAAGAUGAGCAGAAGCACCAGAGACAAGAUAAGCAACCUCAUGAAGAAGAUCAAAACCGUCAGCCACAACGAGAUAGGCAAACCCAUGAGAAGAAAGAAAGAGAUCAAGAGUCCCAGGAUCGACAAUCCCAUGGAACCCAGCGAGGCUAUGCUAACAGAGAAAAUUACUGCAUGAAUGAGGAUGACCAGAGCCAAGGCUCCCAGGGAAGACACGGUAGCCAUGGGAGGCCCCAAAGAAGAGAAGAGGGUGGAAGUCACCCUACCAAGGCAGUGAUUACUCCCAAUCCCCUCUAUGAUUAUCUACAAGAGCAGAGAGAGCAGUGGAACUAG